AUGAAGGAGGAGGAUGGGACUAAACCGAAUGUGGUUACUCUGAAUACAAUGGUCGGUGGAAUGUGCAGGCACAGUGAAUUGAACAUGGCGGUUCGUUUCUUUAAGGAGGUGGAAAGUGAAGGCGUGCUAACCGAUAUAGAGGAAGCGAAGAUUAAACCGGAUUCGAUCACUUACAACACUCUGAUUUCGUACUUCGGUAAACUCAAGGACUUGGAGAGUGUGAAGACGAUUAUGGAGAAGAUGAGAGAAGACGGGUUAGAUACGAAUGUUGUGACGUACGGAGUGAUAAUCGAAGCUUAUUGCUCUGCCGGAGAUAUGAACGAAGCGUUGAAGCUGUUCCAAGACAUGGGGUUGCCCUCAAAUGUGAAUCCAAACACGGUGAUUUACAACAUUCUCAUAAACGCGUUUUCGAAGCUGGGGAAUCUGAAACAAGCAUUGUCUCUGAAAGAGGAGAUGAAGGAGAAGAUGGUGAGGCCGAAUGUUGAGACGUACAAUGCCUUGUUUAGGUGUCUUAAGGAGACUAGCCAGAAGGAGACAUUGCUGAAACUGAUGGAUGAGAUGAGCCAAGUGUCGUGUGAACCAAAUCAGAUCACUUUUGAGAUUUUAAUGCAGUGUCUCUCUACUUCUGAUGACUUGGUUAAGCUGAGGAAGUUUAUGCAGUUUCACAAUUAA